CCUUCCUCCCAUUUAUCAGCAUUAUCUAUUUUAUUUUCUUUAGAAGCAUAACACCAUGAAACACACUAGUCAUCAUCAUCUUGUCUUCAUAUCAUUAGCACUUCUCCUCUUCCCCCUUGCUUGUUUCUCGAGGUCUCAUCUCCGGCGAGUGCUACUGAACCAUGAAGCCGGUAACUACGCCGUUAUAUUUGACGCCGGAAGCACGGGCAGCAGAGUUCAUGUCUUUCAUUUUGAUGAAAAUUUAGAUCUUCUCCCUGUUGGCGAUGGCGUUGAAUUUUUUCUCAAGAUAACCCCAGGGUUGAGUUCAUACGCAGAUGAUCCAGAAGCGGCUGCCAAGUCACUUGAGCCACUCCUUCUAGAAGCAGAAGGUGUUGUACCAACUGAGUUGCAACCUGAUACACCACUUGAGCUUGGGGCAACUGCAGGGCUUAGGUUGCUAGAGGGAGAUGCAUCUGAUAAAAUCCUGCAAGCGGUGAGAGAUAUGUUCAAGAAUGAAAGCAAUUUCAAGUCCAAGGCAGAAUGGGUUUCAAUUCUUGAAGGAAGUCAAGAAGGCACUUACUUUUGGGUUGCCAUGAAUUAUUUGUUAGGAAAUUUGGGCAAAGGGUACCAAAACACCAUAGCAACAAUUGACCUUGGUGGUGGAUCAGUACAAGUGUCAUAUGCUGUCUCAGGGGACACUUUUGCAAAUGCACCCAAACCUCAUAAUGGAGAAGAGCCUUAUGUUCAAGAAAAAUAUAUUUUGGGAGCCCAAUACUAUCUCUAUGUUCACAGUUAUUUGAACUAUGGACAAUUAGCAAGCCGAGCUGAGAUAUUCAAGGCUUCAGGAAACUCUACCAACCCUUGUGUUUUAGAAGGUUAUGAUGGUUACUACACAUACAAUGAUGUCUCGUACAAAGUUACAGCCCCACCAAAUGGUUCAAGCUUGAAGAAUUGCAGGAAAUUAGCCAGAAAAGUGGUUGAUUUUAGGGCACCCUGUAAGUAUCCGAAUUGCACAUUCAAUGGGGUGUGGAGUGGUGGAGGAGGGGCUGGAAUGGAGAAUGUCGACAUUUCGUCAUAUUUCUAUGAUAUAGCCAUUGAUGUGGGUAUUAUUGACGAAGGAAAGGCAUCUAAAAUAGUUAAGCCAAGAUCAUUCCUAGUGGCAGCAAAGUUAGCUUGUGAAACUAAAUUUGAAGAUGUGAAGUCUACAUUUCCUAAUGCAGUGGAAAAAGAUUAUCCAUACUUAUGCAUGGAUUUGGUGUACCAAUACACAUUGCUCGUGGAUGGACUUGGCCUACACCCUUACAAGGAGAUUACGUUGAUGAAGAAAGUUGAGUACAAAAACUACAUGGUUGAAGCAGCUUGGCCUCUUGGUUGCGCCAUUGACGUCAUCUCAUCAUCUUCUGCUAACAACCUAUUAUCCAAAUAUUAAGUUGGUCUGAUCUUCUAAUUAAGUAGUACUAAUAAUGCUUUAGCUUUGGUACGGUUUUAUGCCAAAGUGGACUGACGAUCUUGUGCACUGUUGCCAACAAUAAAUGUUUAUUUUAGCACCCAACUACCUUCAUCAAUGGGUGCACAAUGCACACGCAUACUUUUCUUUAAAA